AUGAUUCAACCUAGACUCGAAAACACAGUUCGUAAGCUGCGCGCCGAGCUACAGUCGGCUCGUGCCUUUGAGAUGAAUCUUCGGCAUCAAGUAGCCAGUCUUGAGCGUGAGGAUCGGCUAACUCGAAUUAGUCUAUCAAGCCAGCGACAAGCGAAUGAGGCUUUGGCAGCAAAGUUGCAGCGACUUGUGACGCGCACACGAAGUGACCGCGCUCAUCUCUCCGGCCUUGAGUCCCAGCUGGUCGAAGAACGCACUUCGCGCUUACGCCUGGCUCACCAAUUGGCUGGCCUUGCGGGCCCCGGGACAUCAGCCGCAUUGGCAACAUGCGUCGAAGUUGAGGCGACAGAUUAUCAAAAAAUUGAAGAAGCUGGAGCAGCUUCACCAGAAAUAUAUAAGUACGUCUUUUUUUCAUGUAAGAAGCUUUAG